UUUCUGACCAUUUAUUUCAACGACAUAGAUUUAUGUUAAAAUUGUCUAACUGUUGUGCGUAGUUGUUGUCUUGUGAAAUAUAUAGCUAGCUUUUCCUGUAAAGACUCAGCAGUGCACGCAACAAACGGAAGGAUGCCAAUGCUGCUAUGCUCAGCAACUAUGAGGUGUACCAGCUCCUGACAGAUCUGAAGGAACAGAGAAAGGACAGUGGGAAGAACAAACACAGCGCUGGACAACAGAACCUCAACACCAUCAUGUACGAGGUGACACACACCUGUUUUCUCUCUUUCCAGACGCUGAAGUACCUGUCCAAGACUCCGUGCAGCAGGCAGAACCCAGAGACUGUCAAGAACUUCCUUACCACCAUGGUGCCUCACAAACUCACUAAGGCUGAGAAGCUACAGCUACUGAACCACAGACCAGAGACUGCUGUAGAGAUCCAACUGAUGGUAGAGGAGAGUGAGGAGCGGUUAUCAGAGGAGCAGAUUGAGGAGCUCAUUCAGAAGGUCACAGACGUGCUCCCAGGCGACCCAGAACAAGAAGGCUCUACCCCCAGCAAUGAAGCAGAGAUGGAAGAGGGCAUUGACCAAUAGCUACGAGUCCUGAUGGAGCUUGUCUGUUACUGAGGGAGGGAGCCUGAGCUGAACAGGAGUCAAAAUGGUAUAAAGAAAACACUGGAAAUCCACUUUCAUGCUCCUUUGGGUGCUCUGGACUGGACAUGGAAGUAUGCAGAAUGGAAUACAGUCAGAUAUUACCAUUGACAGUAACACGACUGUUCCCAUUCUUCUGUGCAUUACUAACCUACCUGUCUGCUUGGUUCAACUUCAACUCUUAGUCCUUCUGUGUUUACAGCACUGUUUCUUAACUAGUGUGUUCUGGAAUCCACUUGCACUUACAGAAGAUAGUGUUAGUGAUCUCCUGUACUACAUGCUUUCAUAUAGUUAGCAGAUUACAAUGGGCUAAUGUGAAGCUCCAUUAACCAUUACAGGUUUAGGUACUGUUUGCGGCGUAUCACAGAAUUUCCGGCCAACCUUGGUGACACUUACUCAAUUUCCGACUUGGAAAACAACCAAUGUCUUCCUAAACGCCAA